AUGAACUCGAACAUACUCGAGGCGGGUGCGAUGUCUGUUGAUAUUGGUAUAUCAGGCAUUCAAGAAUCGUAUACAAAUCUGCCUAAAUACAUAGAGGUCGCAUUAGAAGUUGGAAAGAUAAUCAAUCAUACUGCUAUCGCUGUGCUUACUGGUAACAUUGCUUUCCUUGUCGACGACAUAGUCAGUUAUGCUUUUGCUGCAAAGCAUUGUAAAUCUGAAUGCAGACGUCUGGCCGAACAGAUAAAGAUUUCUAGUGAAUCGGCGAGAGAUCUGUUGGAACAAUUAGACCAGAAGCCUAAAGAGAUCGAAGACAAAAGUUUCAUCAGCGCAUUGAAAUCAUUUGCGAUUGUACUUGAAGAUGCACGAUCCGUUAUUAAACAACAUGCAGUAGGAAGAUAUGGACUGAAGAUAUUUUAUGCAAAAAAGUUUGCCGGUGAAUUUUUAAGCAUGGAAGAGCGACUUGAUCAAGCAUGUCAACGGUUAAACUUUGCAAUAAAUGUUCGUCAUUAUGUUGAUAAUAAAGAAAUAGUUGCAAGGCAGAACUCAUGGAGAGAGGCAGAUAGAAAGGCAUUCGAGGAGAUAAAUCAUUCAGUCAAAGAAGCUUUGGCAGAAUUGAAACGAAACGAGAGUUCCCAAACUACUGUUUCCGAGACUUUACUUGACGAUGUACGAAUACCAUACUCUCAUUUUACAGACGUGAAAAAAUUCAAGACUGACCGAAUGCAUCUCGCUAUUUACAAUACUGCAGACGAAGAGAGAAAUGUUAAAAAUAUUGAAGUACUUAUUAAAGUCACUCAGGCUAGAGAAAACAACAUUGAUCACAAAAGGCGACUCGCUCAGGAGGUAUUUUACUUGCAGAGAUUAGCACCAUCUUCAAACAUUAUUAAUCUCAUUGGAAUCACGGCGUUGCGCGGCGGAUACAUGGGACUCGUGCUCGAAUAUUGUGCUAAUGGAGAUCUAAAGACAUUUAUCGCUAACCAGAAGUUGCACGCUGAUUGGGGACUGAAACGUGCUAUUGCGUUAGGCAUUAUUCAAGGCAACGAAAACGUCUUAUUGGACAAAUUUUGCGAACCAAAGAUCACCAACUUCCGUAAAGCUCGUUUAGAUGAAGCGACUACUCAAUUCCAAAUCAACACAUUCGAGGAGCAGAUGCGGUGGGAUGCGCCAGAGCGUUUACAAGAUGAUGCUGUUAAAUUUUCAAAAGCAUGCGACGUAUUCUCAUUCGGUAUCGUCCUAUACGAGAUAAUAACCGAAACAUAUCCAUGGGCUGGGUAUAGUUUAGAUGAUGUGUACACAGCGAGAAGAGGAGGAAAGACAUUAGAGCUGCCAUCAUCUACGCCAAGCGUGGUGUCUGUUAUUUACGUAAAGUGUACGGAGACUACACCCAGAUGCCGAUUCAAGGCGAAGCAAAUAAUAGAGCAUUUAGAGGACAUUCGUCCAGAGGAUUUGGAUAGUACCGCGGGUGCUGUUCCAAAUAAAAUAUUGACUAGGGCAAAUGCGUACCACGCGGCACAACAAUAUGAAGAGUCGUUUGGUUUAUACAUGUCAAUUGCUAACGAAUCUCGUGAAGCCAUGUUUCGCAUUGGGUCCUACUAUUUCUUUGGUAAACAUGUAAAAAUUGAUCGUGAUAGAGCUAAAGAAUAUUUAGAAAGAGCUGCACAAGGAGACGACGGGAAUGGAGAUGCUAUUGAUAUGCUAGGCUAUAUGUAUCUUACCGGAGAAGGGAUGCCGGCGAAAGAUAGAGUGAAGGCUGUGGAAUAUUUCAAGAAAGCAGUUGAAAUGGAAAUACCGCAUGGUAUGUACCAUUUAGGUAUUUGUUAUAUGAAGGGUAUAAAGUUGAGGAAGAACGAAACGCGCGCAAAGGAGCUAAUAAUGCGUGCAGUGAAACUUGGAGUGGAAGAAGCGGUCAAGUUUGCUCAUUCACAGCAUUGGGAUAGUUGA